GUCACUGAUCAUCAGUGCCCUGAUGAUCGGUGCUUAGCAGUGCCACACACAAGUUCCGUCCAAGUGCCCAGCAGUGUGCCCACCUGUGCCACCCAGCAGUGCCACCCACCAGUGCCCAUCAGUGCAGCCCAGCAGUGCUGCCAGUCAGUGCCACCAUCAGUGCCACCUAUCAGUGCUGUCUAUCAGUACCCAUUAUCAGUGUCGCCUAUCACUGCCACAUAUCAGUGCCACCUCAUUAGUGCUGCCUAUCAGUGCUGCCUAUCCGUGUCACCUCAUCAGUGCUGCCUAUCAGUGCCCUUCAGUGCUGCCUAUCGGUGCCGCCUAUCAGUGCCCAUCAGUGCUGUCUCAUCAAUGCACAUCAGUGAAGGAGAAAAAUUACCUGUUUGAAAAAUUUU